CGGCGCCGGAAGCAGCCAGCAGAAGAGGCCUCGAGGACGAGACGGUGGCAUGGGGCAGUCGGGGCGGUCCCGGCACCAGAAGCGGGCGCGCGCCCAGGCGCACCUCCGCAACCUCGAGGCCUAUGCCGCACAGCCGCACUCUUUCGUGUUCUCUCGGGGCCGCGCGGGUCGCAGCGUCCGACAGCUCAGCCUGGACUUGCGGCGGGUCAUGGAGCCGCUCACCGCCACCCGCCUGCAGAUUCGAAAGAAAAACUCUCUGAAAGAUUGUGUGGCAGUGGCUGGGCCCCUUGGGGUCACACACUUCCUGAUCUUGAGCAAAACGGAGACCAGUGUCUACUUUAAGCUGAUGCGCCUCCCGGGAGGCCCUACCUUAACCUUCCGGAUCAACAAGUACACCUUGGUGCGUGAUGUGGUUUCUUCGCUGCGACGUCACCGCAUGCACGAGCAGCAGUUUGCCCACCCUCCUCUCCUGGUGCUCAACAGCUUUGGCCCCCACGGCAUGCACGUGAAGCUCAUGGCCACCAUGUUCCAGAACCUGUUCCCCUCCAUCAAUGUGCACAAGGUGAACCUGAACACCAUCAAGCGCUGUCUUCUCAUCAACUACAACCCUGAGUCCCAGGAGCUGGAUUUCCGCCAUUAUAGCAUCAGAGUUGUCCCUGUGGGUGCGAGUCGUGGGAUGAAGAAACUUCUUCAAGAGAAGUUCCCCAACAUGAGUCGCUUGCAGGAUGUCAGUGAGCUGUUGGCCACGGGCGCAGGGCUGUCGGAGAGUGAAGCGGAGCCAGACGGUGAGCACAAUAUCACGGAGCUGCCCCAGGCCGUGGCGGGCCGCGGCAACAUGCGGGCCCAGCAGAGCGCCGUGCGCCUCACCGAGAUCGGGCCUCGGAUGACACUGCAGCUCAUCAAGAUCCAGGAGGGUGUAGGAGCAGGGAACGUGCUGUUCCACAGUUUCGUGCACAAAACAGAGGAGGAACUGCAGGCCAUCCUGGCAGCCAAGGAGGAGAAGCUGCAGCUCAAGGCCCAGAGGCAGGACCAGCAGGCCCAGAACGUUCAACGCAAGCGAGAGCAGCGAGAGGCCCACAAGAAGAAGAGCCUGGCGGGCAUGAAGCGGGCACAGGCAGAGGCUGAUGGGGACAGCGAUGCAGAGGAUCCCGGGGCCCCUCCAGAGGCAGAGGGGGUCAGCCAGCAAGAGGAAGAGGAGGACGAGGCCGAGUAUUUCCGCCAGGCUGUGGGCGAGGAGCCUGAUGAGGACAUGUUCCCAAAGGCAGCCAAGUGGAGGCGGCCUGCCGGGCCCCCGGGCAAGAAGCGACGGGUAAAGGAACGGAAGCCGGACCGAGGUCCCACACACUGCCCAGCCAACUUCUCAGCGGCUGCUGACCACGUCCUCGGCGGCUUCCAGGAAGACUUUGUGUGGCCCAUGCUGGUGGCUGUGUUUCUGGUGGCCUUGGCUGGCAACAGCCUGGCCCUGUACCGCUUCUGCACCCAGGAGUGUCGCCCUUGGCACCCAGCCGUGAUCUUCUCAGCCCAGCUGGCAGUCAGCGACCUGCUCUACGCCCUGACGCUGCCCCCGCUGGCUGCCUACUACUACCCACCCAAACACUGGAGCUACGGGGAGGCUGCCUGCCGCCUGGAGCGCUUCCUCUUCACCUGCAACCUGCUGGGCAGCGUCAUCUUCAUCACCUGCAUCAGCCUCAACCGCUACCUGGGCAUUGUCCACCCCUUCUUCACCCACAGCCAACUGCGGCCCAAGCACGCCUGGGCUAUCAGCGCUGCUGGCUGGGCACUGGCGGCCCUGCUGGCCGCACCCAUGCUCAGCUUCUCCCACCUGAGUGGGCCACAGCAGGAAGGCAAGUGCACUGUGGACAGGCCUGAUUCCUGCAUCAAGUGCCUGGGGACAGCGGGUGACAACCAGCUUGAGGCCUACAGGGUCUACAACCUGGCGCUUGUGGUGCUGGGUUGCGGCCUGCCGCUGCUGCUCAGCCUGGUGGCCUAUGGCGCCCUCGGGCAGGCCGUGCAGCAGAGCCACAGCAUGACGGUGGCCAACAAGCUGCGCGUGAUGGUGCUGGUGGCCAGCGGCAUUGCCCUCUACGCUAGUUCCUACGUGCCCUACUAUGUCACGGGGGUGCUCAACGUGUAUGCCCGGCAGCGCUGGAGAGCCCUCUGCCCAGGCUUUGCAAGCGUGGCCCAGGCUAAGGCAGCGUUGGGCUGGAGGACGUACGUGGCCCACCAGGUAGCACGGGGCCUGGUUCCCCUGGCCAUCUGCAUACACCCGCUGCUCUACAUGGCUGUGGUGCCCAGCUUGGACUGCUGCCACCGACGCUGCCCUGGCUGCGGGCAGGGGCAGGCCCCAGAGAACACGGAGUGCUCCGGCCAAGCCCUGCCCCUCAAUGUCACAGCCACCCCCAAAACCUCGGGGCCCCAGUCCCGAGUUGAGCCCAUGACCUAGCCCAUCUUCAGCCCCCUCCUCAUCACGAGA